AUGUCUGAAAACACACCAGCCAAGUCUAUAUUCGAUACUCCUCCCACUAAACCGUCCGCGGCGAAACGAUCACAUUUCGAACGUCAGAAAGCCGAAGCCGAAGCAAAAAGACAGAGGGAUAAAGCCGAGACGGCAGCUGUCUACGAGGACUUUGUGAAGUCAUUCGACCAGGACUCAAGCCCGUCUGCUUCAUCCAAUGCAUUCGGCGGACGGUCUACUCAGCACCAUCAUCAGCAUGCGUCCGCGACAAGCCAUGGCCCCUUCAGCGGCGGCCCAUCCAAACGACACUUCGCGGGCCCUAUGCGAAACACAUCAGAAUCACUUGGAAAGCCACCUAUCUCCUUCUCCAAGAAACGGGCAUUCGAAUCAAUGAGAGAUUCCCAACGGGACCGUGAUAAGCCUCGAGGGAUAUUUGGAUUUGACAGUUCACGCGCGGGCGACUCGUUGAACGCAUUCCACACUUCAGAUGAUGAGGGGGAGACAACGAGUGAUAAAAAGGAGGCGGAGAAAGCAGCUGCGAAACCUACAUUGCACGUCUCUUCCCUGCCUCCCGGUACAUCGCCAGCUGUUAUAAAGUCGUUGAUUCCUCCGAUAUUAGUGGUGGACAAUGUCAAGAUAUUACCACCCCCGCCGCCGUCAACGCAUGGUGGGAAUGAAAAGAGAAUAUGGUCUGCUAUUGUUACUCUAGCUCAUGGCACUGCUGCCACUGAUAUGGAUACGGUAGUAAGCUCAUUGCAGAAUAAAUACCUAGGCUGGGGGUAUUAUUUGUCAAUUUCUAGACAUUUAUCAUCCGCGGCUAUUCAUUCAAGCAUACCCAUAACCCCCGGGUCGAUGUCACUUACAAACCAGCCCUUUGGUGCUCGAACUAUAACACGCGGCGACCAGUUUGGGCGUGGGGGCCCUCAUCGCUCUGGAAUUGCGCCACCUUCGUCGUAUGAUUCCAGAUAUGGGGUUAGGAAUAACCAGGGACUUCAAGUCGACGUUAAGCCUCCUUCGGACUUGCGGCAGCUUAAACUGAUACAUAAAACAAUCGAGAAUUUAUUAACUUUUGGACCCGAAUUUGAGGCCUUGCUUAUGAGUAGGCCGGAAGUCCAAAAGGAAGAAAAAUGGGCUUGGAUUUGGAAUCCAAAGAGUACAGGGGGAGUAUGGUAUAGGUGGAAACUAUGGGAUAUUUUGACGAACCCUGGCAAAAGACGCGGUAGAAGACGAGACCAUUCUUCAACUACUACGAUAUUCGAGAAUGGUCCUAUGUGGUCAGAGCCGGAGAGAAAUUUACGGUUUGAGUAUACUACCAAACUAGAAGAGUUUGUUUCAGACGAAGACUAUGAUUCUUCCGAUGAGGAUGACUCGGAUAGAGAGGAAGAGAAGAGGCGGGACGACGCUACAAAUGAUCCAGGGAAUGACGGGACUGGUCAUUUAAACCCCUUGCAAAAGGCGAAGCUCGCACACCUACUAGCCAGGCUUCCUACAUCACACUCAAAGCUUCGGCGGGGCGAUGUGGCGCGUGUUACCGCAUUUGCAAUUAAGCACGCCGGUGGCGGAGGAGAUGAAGUUGUUGAUAUGAUUGUAUCCAACGUGAAUAAGCCCUUUGCUUAUACGUCCGCCAACCCUGAACGGCAAAAGGAUGAACAUGGAGCUGCGGGACUAGACCAAAACGACGUUGAUGAGCCCCCCAAAGCUGAUAAUGAAUCCACGGAGCAAGGCAAGAAACCGACUGCGGACGAAAAACUAGAUAUGUCAUCGGCUAGCUUGGUUGGCCUCUAUAUCAUAUCAGAUAUCUUUUCAUCGUCGUCUACAAGCGGCGUACGGCAUGCGUGGCGCUAUCGACAGCUCUUUGAAAAUGCCCUAAAACAGCAGAAAACUUUCGAGAAGCUCGGCCGGAUAGAAAAAGAGCUUGGAUGGGGCAGGUUGAAAAUUGAGAAAUGGAGACGAAGUAUCGGCAUCCUUCUCAACCUAUGGGAGGGCUGGUGUGUUUUCCCACAGGCUAGCCAUGAAGCCUUUGUCAAGUCCUUCGACCACCCUCCACCCACUGAAAAGGAACAGGCUGAAGAGAAGGCCCGUGUAGCAGAAGGGAAGGAAACAGGUGUAUUCGGCAGUAAGGGCAAGAACAAAUGGAAAGCCGUUGAAGAUAACGGGGCCACUAGCCAGUUUAACCCUGCUGACGGUGACCCUAUGGAUCUUGAUGUUGACGGUGCUCCUAUUGCUGAUGAUGACGCAGACGAUGAAAUAUUUUCGGACAUAGACGGAGUCCCUAUGGAGGAUAGCGAUUUGGAAGACGUCGAAGAUGCACCUUCAGGCCAUGAUAAACCAGCCAGCAAGGAACAGGAAGAAGGGUCAGCCCCGAAGGAAGAGCCUCUAACAAAGAUCUUUAUAUCUCAACCUGCGGAGUCUUCUCAGCCGGUUCAAAAGCGCCGUCGGCCUAAGGCAGAGGACAUGUUUGCAGACUCGGAAUCCGAGGGUUAA